GAAACUUUCUUCUCAUCCAUUAUCUUUCUUUGCCCCCUUCAUCCAUCUUCAAGAUUCUCGCUCGCUGUUGCAUUCUCUUUGCAAUUCCACAGAUGGCCACAAUUCUUGACUCAUUUCUGCCUCCGGUUCAUCUCACAUCUCCAACUCGUCCUGCAUUUCUCUCGAGUUGGUUCAGUUGCUCAUUGCCCAUCUCCGCCGAUUCCACUCGCUGCACUUCCAUUUCUUGUAAAAACCAACCGACUAAAGCUUUUGCAGUUCCAAGAAGAAGCACAAUGGCAUUGAUCUUUUCAAGUUGUAUAUUAUCAGAAGUUGGUUUCCACAGUUCUGCAUUGGCUCAAUCAUCUGUUGGGUUCAGAGAAUACAUAGACACCUUCGAUGGAUAUUCCUUCAAGUAUCCAAAGAAUUGGAUUCAGGUUAGAGGAGCAGGAGCAGACAUAUUCUUUAGAGAUCCUUAUGUUCUUGAUGAGAAUCUGUCAGUGGAGAUGUCAUCUCCCUCAUCAUCCAAGUACACGAGUGUUGAAGAUUUGGGUCCUCCACAAGAAGCUGGCAAGAAAGUGCUUAAACAGUAUUUGACAGAGUUCAUGUCUACUCGACUUGGAGUUAGGCGUGAAUCAGAUAUACUGUCUACUUCCUCUAGAGUAGCUGAUGAUGGGAAGCUUUAUUAUCAAGUUGAGGUGAACAUAAAGUCUUAUGCAAAUAACAAUGAGAUGGCUGUUAUGCCUCAAGAUCGAGUAGUGCGUUUGGAAUGGAAUAGGCGCUAUUUGUCAGUUCUUGGAGUUGAAAAUAACAGACUAUAUGAACUGAGAUUGCAGACACCUGAGAAUGUAUUUGUGGAAGAGGAAAAUGAUCUUCGCCAAGUUAUGGAAUCCUUCAGAGUUAACAAAGUGUAAUAAAUGAUUAUUUUGCACAUUUUGUAAUUUAUAAUUAUGUAUUUCAUGAUUAUCUAUUCUCACCCUCCUUUUUGGUUUGCAAUGGAAUCAAUAUGUUUUGUUUUA